AUGGCAUAUGGGCUGCGGCAUAAAUGGGCUGGCGUGCACUCUGACGUGUAUAGGAUGAACUGCGGUGUCAGACAAGGCGGUUUAAGCUCACCAAAGCUGUUCAAUCUAUACAUGAACGAGCUAAUCGAGGGACUCAGCAGUACCUAUGUCGGAUGUCACGUGGACGGGGUAUGUGUUAAUAACCUCAGUUACGCAGAUGACAUGGUGUUGCUGAGCCCUUCGGUUGGCGCACUACAGAGAUUAGUGGGAAUAUGUGAAACAUAUGCAAUUGCCCAUGGGUUAAGAUACAAUACUUCAAAAAGCGAGGUAAUGCAAUUUAAAGCUGGGACAAAAUCAUACAAAAUGACACCUGUUACGCUUUGUGGUACUGCUUUAAAAGUUGUACAAAAGUUUAAGUAUCUUGGCCACUGGGUAACCGAAAACAUGUCAGAUAAUGAUGAUAUCGAGAGGGAGCGCAGGGCGUUGUGUGUUCGGAGCAACAUGUUGGCUCGCAGAUUUGCUCGUUGCAGUAAUGAAGUAAAGCUAACGCUUUUUAAAGCAUACUGCCAAACAUUCUACACGUGCAAUCUGUGGGUCAAUUUUACGCAACGGGCAUACAGCGCACUGCGUGUGCAAUAUAAUAACGCGUUUAGGGUGUUGUUUGGGCUGCCGCGGUACUGUAGUGCGUCAACUAUGUUUGCUGAGGCGCGCACUGAUGGUUUUGACGCAAUAGUUAGAAAAAGGUGCGCGUCACUGCUCAGUCGUCUCCGUGACAGCCCAAACAGUAUCCUAAGUGUGCUGGCGCAGCGCUGGGACUCGCCUUUGUUUGCGCGGUGGGUCCGGCUGCACGCGCCGCCAAUCGCCACUCCACGUCGUUAUUAAAUUUAUUUAUAUAUAGUCAAUAUGUAUUAAGUUAGUUUUAGUACUAACAUAGUUUUAAGGAUUUGUGAUAUUUACUAACACUCUAUGGAUUUUUAAUUUUCGAAAUAAAUAUAU